AUGAUGGGACAUGAGAACCACACUUUGAACAGUGACUUCAUCCUUUUAGGACUGUUCUCUUCUUCCAAAACAAGCCUGGUGUCUUUUUCAUUUAUAUUUUUAAUUUUCAUUAUGACUAUAACAGAAAAUGCUCUCAUGAUGCUCCUAAUCCACAGGGAUUCCAGACUCCAUACCCCAAUGUAUUUCCUGCUCAGCCAUCUCUCCUUCAUGGACAUCUUGCAUAUUUCCAACAUUGUGCCUAAAAUGAUUUCUGACUAUUUGUCAGGUAGCAGAACUAUUUCCUUUGCAGGCUGUGGUUUCCAGAUAUUUUUGUCCCUUACCUUGCUAGGUGGUGAGUGCCUUCUCCUGGCAGCCAUGUCCUAUGAUCGAUAUGUGGCCAUCUGCCACCCCCUUCGGUAUCCUAUGCUGAUGAGGGACAACUCAAGUGGGCUCAUGGCUGCAGGUUCCUGGCUUGUGGGGAUCCUUAACUCCAUAGUUCACACAUCUUUUGCACUCCACUUUCCUUUUUGUCACUCGAGGGCCAUUGAUCACUUUUUCUGUGAAGUCCCUGCUAUGUUGAAGUUGUCUUGUGUAGACACAUCACACUAUGAGCGAGGAGUCUACGUGAGUGGCAUUAUUUUCCUGCUUAUCCCCUUUUCAAUGAUCUCCAUAUCUUAUGUGCAAAUUCUCCUCACUGUCUUCCAAAUGCAAUCAGGGGCCAGGCAGAAGUCCUUGUCCACCUGCUCUUUCCACAUGGUAAUGGUCAUAAUGUACUACGGGCCAUUCAUUUUCACGUAUAUGAGACCUCGCUCAUACCAUACUCCAGGCCAGGACAAGUUUCUGGCAAUAUUCUACACCAUCUUGACACCCACCCUCAAUCCCAUAAUCUAUAGCUUUAGAAAUAAAGAUGUCCUCAUAGCUGUGAAAAACAUCCUCCAAAGUAAUUUUCUGAGUAAAAAAUAA